GGACGUUAUGCGUGGCUACGGCCCUGACUGAGUUAAAAGGAGGCAUUCUACCGUGAUAAAUUCACCAUCACGAUCACGUCUUCCUGACACAAAGGCGGCAGCAGGAUGACGUUGCUGAUCGGAUUCUUCCUGAUUGCCAGCUGGACUGCGGCUGCCAUCGCCGAACUCCCACCUGGUGUGGAGCCUUGUCCAAGAACGAACGACCUGGCACAAUACGACAGAUGCGUUGUGAAGCAAUUGAACGUCAUAACACCGUACCUGGCCAAGGGAAUCCCUUCCCUGAAGUUGCCAGCCCUGGACCCCUUGUUCUUGCCAUCCUUGACCGUGGACAGAAACCUAGAGGCGUUGAAAAUCAAGGCAAAUAUGAGCCAGAUUCGCGUGUACGGCGCGACAAAUUUCCUCAUCGAUGACCUGAAGGCGAAUCCCAAUGAUCUGUCAGUUAGUAUCAAGGUUCAGCUGCCUCACGUUCACGUGAACGGCGACUAUGACGUACAAGGAAGGUUGCUAUUGCUUCCAUUGAACGGAGCUGGUAGCUUCAAAGGAAACUUCACUAACACCGAAGUACAAGUGAACGCUCAGGGUAAAGAAGCCACUGAUAAAAAUGGAGUACAGAGGAUCGAGGUUGAUAAAUUGGUAACGAAAAUUCGCGUUGGGGAUGGAAAUAUCAAAUUAAAAGCACCACCUACUCAUACUCUAGCUGCUGACGCAGCUGCCACGUUCUUCAAUUCGAAUCCACGCUUAGUUUUGGACAUCGCCAGCCCGAUUAUCGAGGACACUGCUGCGACAGUUAGCCGAGCAUUGGCUGCUAGAGCGUUAGGGGCCCUCACGAAAGCGGAAUUGCUUCCCUAGUCCACGUUUUCAACCUUA